AUGGUGGCAGCGGUUCACUAUCGCUAUGUCAGCCCCGUCAACGCUGCUUCCCCCGCCGAAACCACUGGACCCGUCAGCAGACGCAUGGCUUGGAUGGAAAACUUGGAAAUGCUUUUAGCAAAGAACUGCGAGUUCGGGGACCUAGAAGACCGUUUGCUCCGUAGCCGAAUCAUUCUGGGACUGCGAAACAAAAACUUGCAGGAAAGGCUUAUUUCCGAGAACCCGUCAUACAGUAAGACCAUUGAAAUUUGCCGGGCCCAGGAACUGGGAAAAGAGCAAUUUAAAGAAAUCAGUGAAGGCGCAGAAGCAGCACGUUUCGCAGUAAUUCAAGCAGUAGUAAUGGAUGACAUACUUCUCUGGGGCAAGACUAAGCAAGAGCACGACCACAAUCUACAGCUUCUUCUAACGCGCUGCCGAGAACAGAAUCUUCGACUAAACUUGAAGAAAUGCUUCUUUUUGCAGCGAGAGGUGCGCUACCUGGGACACGUGCUCAGCGCCGAAGGCCUGCGUGUGGACGCCCAACGUGUUCAAGACAUUCUGGAAAUGCCGACACCAAGAAACUCCUCUCAACGCUCCCUGCAAGAUUUACUAGCAGCAACUAAUGAUGACGACACCCUUGUAAAGCUACGGGACUACGCGAAUACAACGUGGCCGCUUCACAAGCAAGAAGUCCCGGAGCCACUUAGGUCGUAUUGGGCGUACCGGGACGAGAUACAUGCACAGGACGGCCUCGUGUUUCGAAGCAACAAGGUAAUUCGAGAGUUUCGUACAACAACUGCAAGCUCUCUUAACACGUGGUGUUCUCAAAUUUUCUCGGUCCAUGGCUUGCCUAGGAAGUUGUGCACUGACAAUGGUCCGCCUUUUAACAGCAGUGAGUUUAAGGACUUUCUCAACACCUUGGCUGUUGAUCACAUCACCUCAAGCCCCUAUCAUCCCCGUUUCAAUGGCAUGACGGAGAGAGCGGUUCAGGAAGCAAAAAAGCUGUUAAAGAAGUGUUCCUUUAAAAUGCAUGUGUUUCAAAUGGCAUUGCUUGAAUGGCGCAAUACCCCACGUGAUGAUGUGCUCCAGUCCCCCGUGCAGAGGCUGAUGGGACGCCAGACUAGGACGCUUCUACCAGUACCUACCAGCCACUUGGAACCACGGACAAUUCCCCCUGACGUGGUCCAGGGCCGCCUUCAAGAAAUACGCCAACGACAGAGGACCUACUACAACCGUGGCAGCAGGAACUUGCCCCCUGUGAUGCCAGGUCAGCAGGUCACAGUGUACGAUACAAACCAGCGGACCUGGUCUCCCGCCGUCUUUCUCCGACCAGCCGAUGAACACCGCUCAACGAUCGUCAAGACUGAAGACGGCCGGGAACUUCGGCGCACACGAGAGCACCUCCGCCUGGUAGACCCACAGCCGAAAGCAAGCCUCGUGCCCGAAGACGUAUCUUCCACAGAGCCCCCUCAAGAACUACGGAGAAGCACAAGACUUCGACGCGAGCCCUGUCGGUACCCUCAACAAGAGACACGGUGA